AUGACGCUACAGGCAUGUACCAAACAUCUACAACCGAAUGGCGGGCAGAAUGCACCCCCGGCCUACCCCCGCGCAUGGAUGCACCCUACUGACUUGCCUCCCUUCGAUGGGGCCAUCGAUCAGCUGGAGCUAGAGGGUAGGGCACGAGGAUUCACCAUAUCCCUUCAAAUCCCUCCUGCUGCUCGCCUUCUGCCGUCUCAUUCUGUAGGGACCAUCCGAAGUGACCUGCUCCGACUUACAUCGGCUGUCGUAUCGGAUGACUUCGAUCCCGAACCAGUCAAGCCACUACUUAAAGUCUCUCUCAAUAAUGCCUCGACGGAUGACCUUACUUGGAGUCUUGUCGAUGCUGCUGUAGCGGAACCUACGCCGUUUCGAACGAUUGUAUCCUCCCUAUAA